AAAAUUCAGUGUUAAAAUAUCUUUAGACACUACUGUCUUUGCUACCAAAGUGACCCGUGUUUUUUGAAGGAAUUCAGAGUGAUUUUUCUGAAAAUGCUGAAGAUAUUAGUGAUUUUCUUAAUGGGGACUGUAGCUGUGUCAAGCUACACGGAAAGGUAUAGAACUGAGAAGUUUAGAGUCGGCAUCGAAUACACAAAGUCCCUCCCGAUGCAGGGCACGUCGGACCGCUACAGGCAUUUGAACAACUACGACCCAUUUUUCGUCACAUUGACCACGACGGCCAAGAAAGGCUUCGUAAUCACAUACUUAGACGUGACAGCUACCGUAGACGCGACCGGGGAGGUCAACUUCAGCCUGGUCCGCGGAGAGACCGGCUCAAAGACCAUGGUCUUCCAGCUGGUCUCCAACCACAGCGACUUCUUGUCCUUCAGCUACCUGGCCCAUGGGAUGCGGGAGGAAGACUACAGAAAGAUCUCGAAUAUUAUAAUAAUACCAAUGCCACCAACAAACCACGCCUGGAAAAUUAAAUUUAAUGCCUUCUAUUUAUUAUGUAUUAUUUUUUAUUCUUUAUUAAACAUUGUAACAUAAUAUAAUCUUGCAAACAAUCUGUUUUU